AGAAGUGUUGAGCUUUCACCAUGGAAACUGAUGAGGUUGAACAGGGCCUUCCUUUUCAGCUUCAAUUUGACAAACCAGUCCCUGCUCAGAUCAAAAUAGCUGAGUGGAACCCAGAGAAGGAUUUGUUGGCCAUGGUUACAGAGGACUCAAAGAUUCUGCUGCAUCGUUUCAAUUGGCAGAGGUUAUGGACAAUCUCCCCUGGAAGGUGCAUAACAUCCUUAUGUUGGCGUCCUGAUGGUAAAGCAAUAGCUGUUGGGCUUGAAGAUGGGACUGUUUCAUUGCACGAUGUUGAAAAUGGAAAAUUGCUGAGAAGCAUGAAGUCCCAUACUGUGGCUGUUGUGUGCCUUAACUGGGAGGAGGAUGGACAACUGAUUGGGGAUUCUGGUAACAUCUUGGCCUAUGAAGACCGUACCUCCCGCUUCUUCCCUCCUGCUCCAAGAGUUCCUCGAAUGCCUGGUCUGGUAUCUGGAGAUACAGGUUUCAUGGAUGAUAGUGAAGAUUCAUUUGGAGAGCUUUCUAAUUCUUCACAUCAACGUUUCAACAUCCUAUGCAGUGGAGACAAAGAUGGAAGCAUUUGCUUUAGCAUAUUUGGCAUGUUCCCAAUAGGAAAAAUUAAUAUACACGAGUUUUCUGUUUCUACUCUGCUUAUGGACAACCAAGUUACUUACCGACUUCUAAAUGCUUCCAUUUGUAAGGUUGCUUUGUCAAAAGAUCUUUGCCAUUUGAUAGUCACAUGCUCAGGAGAACUUGUUGAAGAAAGUGUUGAAUCAAGAGAUAGACACAUUUUUGGGCAUGGUCUACUUGGCUUACACUCUUUAGUGCUUGAUACUUCAAUCUUUUGGAAGAGGAAGAAUGAGCUGCAUCAGGUAGCUCAACAGGCUUCUAACAUUGAGGAUUUAACUGAGGUUAUCCGGGCAUCACUGUCUGUCAUGUGUAAGCAAUGGUCUGAUGCCAUGCACAUGUUUCAUGAGAAAUUCGAUUCUCUUUCUUCUCUGAUUAUUGACCAUGGACUGGACUCAUCACCCCAGGAGGAGUUUCUUAGCCUUUUAUGUGGUGCUCGGACAAGUCCACCACUUCAUCAAUUUCUAGUUAGCUCGCUUGGUGAAGUGGGACUCAAGCGUGUAUCUAAGGCUGUGAGUAAUGCAGGAAAAGAACUUCAGUUUAUUGUCCUUGAUCAUCUCCAGCCUGCUGCAGAAAUUAUUGGAUUUCGAAUGGGGGAACUCAGAGGCCUUUCAAGAUGGCGUACACGCUAUAAGGUUAUAGGAUUGGAUGAGAGACUUAUAGAUAAUGCAACAGAAAAAGCUGGUAUGUUGCUUGUACAAGUUGAACGCUUUAUGAUGAUUCUUUCAUCUGCAGUGCAGCAGUUUUCAAAUUUCUUCAGCUGGCUUCUAAAAUGUAUAAAGCUUUUAAUGUCAGAAACAAGUGAUCAGCUUCUACCAUUCAAUAGUGAACUUGUCAUUAUAUUCUUGAGGUUUUUGUAUGAUCAAGAUCCUGUUAGGCAAUUGCUGGAACUAUCUGAGGUUGAUCACAAUAUUGAAAUUGAAUUGGAAACAAUGCAGAAGAUUAAAGAACUAGUUCAGCUUGGAGGGUUUUCAGAUUCUGAAUAUCUGCAAAGAACAAUGGCUAAAGAAUUUCAACAGAUGGAGUCUAGCUUCAAGGAGGCUUUCGCAAUGCCCUUCACUACAGUUUCAGAAAAGAUACUUUGUGAGGAUUUACUGCCAAUGUUUCCUUGUCCAUCUUCACCGUUCAAUGUUCCUAUGUCAAUAUCAUACUACAAGGAUAUCUCCCAGGCUGUUUCAACUUAUCAAACAUGUCAACACAGAUUUAUUGAUUACAUUGCAUUCAAAGUACCUGAUGAGUCUUUCUCAGAUGUUGCAAAUUGUAUAGGCAUAGCAAGGGGUUUUAUGCAUGACUCGAGCAGUGUGAAGAAGGGUUAUACUUCACUGGAAGCUGUAUUAUUAUCUGUUCCUGAUGGUUAUCACUGUGUUGAUCUUUCUCUAUAUAAAGAAAGUCAAAUGGUUCUGCUAUUAAAUGAAACCACCAGCACUUCUGAAAGCUCUGGAAGUGCUCAUAUGCUGGUUGUACAAGUCACUGACCUUCCAUUUGUUUCUGUUCCAAGAUCCACCAAUUUAAACUAUUGGAAGUUGCAUGAACUAAAGAAUUUUUACCUGUUCGAGGACUCUAUCACUUACCUGCAAAUGGAGAAUGAAAAGGUCCGAAGCAUUCCUCACUCUGCAAUUGCUCCCUUGGCAGUGAGUGCAUCCAGAGGCGUGGCAUGUGUCUUUGCUGCAAGAAAGCGUGCUUUGGUCUACAUCCUGGAGGAAGAUGAAGAUGAAGCCACAGAUGCGGAAUGAUUGAUGUUUUUUCUCAUUAUUUUCUCAUUUAUGGGUUUUAAUAGAGGUUAAUUAGAACGGAUGUACCAUAAUAGUAACUUUCCUUCUAUAGCACCCAUCCAAUUGCUUAGAUGAUCAAUUGUAAUUUAAAUGUGAAACAAAAUCCAUAUGUUAAACCAGUAUUAGUUGCCAAGUCAUUCGACAUCAUUUUAAGCAAUAGAGAGAUCUUUUAUGCUAAA